AUGUUGGAGCAGACUGACCCAGAUAGUCAAACGGCGAGAUUUGUGAUUGAACACCACAUCUCAAUGACGCACUCAUGCGCAUGCGCGACAGUGGUGGGUCCCUCGGUACUGGUGCCAGCGGAGACAGGGCUGCAGGGCGCGGUGCUGCCGCGCGCGCGGCACUAUCUGGCUGUGGCGUGCCAGGACCGCCAAUUGCGACUCUACCAGAUCGCUAAAGCGCGCCAACUCUUCCACUACCGCGCCAGCACCUGCGAGGAUGGUUCCCCCGUUUGCUGUGCUGCCGAUCCCACCAGCACUCUCAUCGCCGCCGCGGGCUCGGACAAGCAUAUCAACCUCUUUCAUCUCUUCACGGGUGAGCUCGUAGCCACGCUGUACGGACAUGCAGACAUUGUGAUGGGCCUUAUUUUCUUGCCCGACCUGCGGCACCUCGUCAGCUUUUCCUACGACUCUUGCAUCUUUGUGUGGCGUCUCGCCCCCGAACUGACCGCUCUAAUGCUAGAGCGGCAGCAACGCGUCGCCGCCGUUUUGACCGCCUCCGCCCCUUCCACGACGGAUCUUCCCGCACUGGGGGCCUCUCCUUGCAAUGGUUCUCUACCUUUAUCUCCGAACAAUGUCGGCAGUUCCAGUGGUGAAGAAAAUGUCAAGUUUUGCUUCAAUGAGAAUGAUCUCCCUUCCUGGGCGCGUGACAGGCAGCGACCGGAGUCAGAUACGGGGACCUUGGAAUACUUCAGUCUUCCCAGUCGCAUGGUUAAGCGUUCCUUCACGGGGUUUUUGAAUCCGUCUUCACCAACAGAAAUCACCGUCGUGGCUCAUGUCUCGCGGUCUCAGAGUGAACGUGUGCGGCCAAGUCUGGUAUCGAAGCGUCAGCGAAAUCGAACAACUAGUGCGGUGCCGGCGGAAUUAAGUCGCGGCAACAGCCUUGGUGGUCUACCCACCAGUAGCGGCACAUGUCGGGACGAUGGUGUUGGUUGCCCCGCCGACGAGGACAUCAGCACGCCUUCCAUGUUCUCCAGCGCAGUCUUUCCUCGGUGGGCCUCUAGCGUUACGAAUAUCACUCAAGAGAUUCCCUUCAAGCCGCCUCUAGCUCCCUCUUCAGACGCUGCUAACGGUGAUCUUAUCGAUAUCCACUCUCUUCCUCUGACCUCCAGUCUUUCAACUGAAGUUUUAUCUGCAUUUGAAGAUCUUCCUAGCCAGUGUCAAAGUAAUAACGGCCUAAUGGGUCGUUCCCAAAUUGAGGACUACUGCUCGAAAUUGGGUCGAGUCAAAGAGCGGGAAAUACCGGCGCGUGAGUGCAGCACGGAGGAGGCGGUGCAAGUUCAACCGAACUCCCUUCCGCACCAGAAGCCCUCGACCAGAGCAAGCUGGUUGGAGCCAGAUAUCGGCACCGUGGUUUCCGCUUUCGCCUGCGACACGGAGGGUGGUCAAGACGCUUCUUUUAUCCGCGCGCCAGAGGGCGAGGUAUUGAGCUGCGCCCAUGGCACGACUUACUGCCUCUCUAAAAAGAAUGUUGAUGAUUUCUCCAACUCCGUUUCCUCUGCCUCGGGGUCAGCCUUAGCGCUGAGUCUGCUGUCGAACGUGCGUCAGGCGUUGGACGCGGCGGCAGAGCACCUGGCUGCCUUCAGCGCCGACAGCAGCACGAUCUGCGAGGGUCGCAAGUUCUUCCACUCAUACUUGGAGUGGCGAGUGGCACGGCUGAGGGGCAUCCUCCAGGUCGGGUCCCUCGUCUCCUCCUCACAACUUUCCCCUUCAACGCAGUCUCCCACCACCGACACUCCAGCUCAACGCGUCGAGAAGACCGCACCCUCACAGGCGGCCGUUGUGAAACUCAUCGAGCACUUUACGCCGAGUAUCCGCAGUGCAAUGGCGGAGACUUUAACGGCUGGUGUGGGUGCAGGCAUGGGUACCUCCAGUGAGGAAACGGAUGGGGCUUUGAAAAUUCCCAUCGAUCCCUUUCCUGAUGACUAA